CCAUCAUUUUUUAAAACUUCCAUUUCCGCUUUCUCCCAAUUCCUUCUUUCUCCUUAUAUAUAUAUAUAUUCCGGUCAUUACCCGGGGCUCCUUGCCGGAGGUUUUACUUUCUCUUUAAUUCUGUACAAAAAUUGAGGAAGAAGAGGACACCAUACAAUACACAGCUAUCCCAAUUCUUUUUCUUUUUCUUUUUUUGGGUUUUUGCCCAUCCCCUGUAUUUCUUAUUCCAAGGUUUUGAAUCUGGGGUUUUCAGAUUCAACCAAGGUGCCUGCGUUUCUGGGUUUUGAGUAUUCGAGCUGAAACUUGUUCCGGUUCUCUAUUCGCCGCUUUUUCUCUAAUAUGGAGAGGUUGUUGGCAGCGCCUUCAGCUGCUUCACUGCCUGACAGGGCCACGAUUGCGGCGGCGCCAUGUGGGUUUGUGAGUUGGUAUGAGGUCUUCGUAUCGAGUGACAGAGGGAGAAGAGAGGUUCAUUAUUACUUGAAGAGCGGCGAUGGGGCCUCAGAUCUGGCCGUCGUGGGGAAGGAGAAGAGCUUGAGACACAUGUCUUAUCAUUAUGCUUUGCAGAAUCGGUUCCUUAAUUCUCUGGGGCUCUUUACCUCGCUCACCAAGCUCAAGUCUCGCAGGGAGGUCGUUGAAUGGCUAAGCUCUGUUGUUUCUGAUUCCCAACGUAAAACAUCACAACCAUCUGAUCGUAUGAUGGACAUAGAAGGUGAAGAUGCCUGCCCGUCCAACAGUGGAUCUAAGAAGGAUUCUGCAGCCGCAAAGCUUGCAAGUUCUGAAUGGCCCUUGGAUCUGUACAAGUAUAUUUAAACUGGAGAAAAGAUUAAUUGGGGACCCUUGUCUUGAUGAUGUUCAAUAUAUAAAAUUGGGUCAAUAUACCAGAGACUUUUCAUGGGUUGGAUGCCCUUGGACUUGUAAACGAAAGCGCAGACACUAUCCAUCAUUCAGCCGCAAUGGUGUUAAGAUCUCGGUUCAUGACUUUGUAUAUGUCUUGGCUGAGGAAGGCAAGCGUCUUGUUGCAUACUUGGAGGAUAUGUAUGAGGACUCUAGAAGCAACAGGAUGGUUGUGGUACGAUGGUUUCACAAAAUUGAUGAGGUUGAUAUUGUUUUGCCCCGCAAUUUUAAUGACAGAGAGAUUUUCUUUUCUCUUUGUCUUCAAGAUCUCAGUAUUGAAUGCAUAGAUGGCUUGGCGACUGUUCUCAGUCCCCACCAUUUUCAGAAGUUCCAGAACGAGGCAAAACACACUAGAUUGGAGCCAUAUGUAUGUGAGAAGCAAUUUGAUAACGAUGACAUCAAAACCUUCGAUAUUACACAGGUCAAAGGCUAUUGGAAGCAAGAAAUACUCAGAUACAUGUAUGCUCUUUCUUCAAAAGCACAUGGCCACUCUCAGCAGUCAGAAGACGACACAAGUGCUGAGAUGAGACCCAGAAAGAGACAUAGACGCUCAAGAAACGAUGACUUGCAAAAUGCUGAGAAGAGACAGCCUGGAAAUACAUCAUCUUCUCUUGAAUUGCGCAGUUCAGGCAACUACUCUGUUGAUUUAAAGAACAGUGACGUUGUUUUCAGUCCCAAAGGAGGUUGUGCUUCUAAAACUUUUAUGGGCAAGGAGAUGAACAAUUCUUCUUCAAGUCAGUUUGCUGUUGCAUCGGAGAUUGAAGUUCUCUCACAAGAUAGUGGUAUUAGAGGGUGUUGGUUCAGAGCUUCCAUAAUAAAAAAGCGUGGAGACAUGGUCAAGGUGCAAUAUCACAAUCUUCAGGAUGCUGACGAUGAAUCUACCAAGCUUGUGGAAUGGCUUUCAGCAUCAAGAGUUGCAGCAGCUGAUCAAUUGGGUCUACGCAUCAGUGGAAGAUUGGUUAUUCGUCCACAUCCUAGUAAGGGUAGCAAUGCUCCCUUAAUUUACAACGUUGGGGCAGUUGUUGACGUAUGGCGGCAUGAUGGUUGGUGGGAAGGAAUUAUAGUUCAGAAGGAAUCAGAUGACAAGUUCCGCAUUUACUUGCCAGGUGAAAAGCAAGAAUUGGUUCUUGGCACGGACGAUUUGAGGCAUUCUCAAGAAUGGUUAGGAAACCGGUGGAUGCAUUUGCAAGAAAGGCCAGAUAUUGCAAUGUCCAUUAUGUCUCGCAUUUCAAAUGAUGGCCUUCCUGAUAAGGUGUCAACUAUGUCGAGCCAAGUUGCUCUUUGUGACCAGAAACAACCAGGGGAAGGUGGAAGUCAACCAAGUGAACUUCGAUCUAACUCCCUUGUUGACAAGGCUAAAGAAUCAUGCACGAUUCCAGAUCUUUCCAAGGAUGGAUUGCUCACCAAAUUGCGGUGGACAGGUUCGAAGAAAAGAAGCCAACCCAGUAGCAGCAGUUCGGGUAAAUCCUUUCCUUCUCCAGUAGCUUCUUCCAGUCCUUGCGAAAGUAGUUUUAUGAUUCCAAGCUCAAUGAAAAUGGAUCAUGAUAACUGCAAGUACAUGGGGGAUUCUUUGUUCAAUUCAUCAGUUGUGCCACCUCUCUCAAGCUUGGUAAUGUCAAGAUGAUUUGAUUUUGGAUAGGAACUGCUGUGGGAUUGUGCCUUCUUUCUUUUUGAUCUUUUACUUUGUUAACAAGUUCAAUUUAUUCUAGUUUUUAUAGAGUUGUGCAUCUAUUGGAUGCUUUCUUUUGUAUUCUAAUUCUACUCUUUUUUCCUUCUCUCACUUUUAGCUAACCGUUGCUUAUGUAAUUUGGUAGCUUAGAAUGUGUUAACCCUAGGGGAAAUCAAUCAGUAUUGUGUCCAAAUCUCUCCAUCUUAAUGCUAUUUUAUGUGUAUAUGAAAAUUAACCUAAUGGCAUAAAAAAGCUAGCCCUUCCAUCUU